AUGUUUCCUAGCCCUGUGACAACCACCCCCUUCUCGGUGAAGGAUAUUCUGAACCUGGAGCAGCAGCAGCAGCAGCACAGCCUGGGCUCCAUGGAGCUGGCCUCGCUGGCCUCCCCGUCCUGCAUGCUGGCCACCUUCAAGCAGGAGGCGUUCGGCACCGAGCCCCCGGCCCUGCCCGACCUGCGGGACGAGCUGCCCGAGCCGCCCCCCGGCAAAACCGCGGCCGCCUUCCCCGGCUCCUACUACGGGAAAAGCUACGCGGAGAUGGACUCGGCCAAGGAGGCCAAGGCAGACAAGAAAGAACUGUGUUCCUUACACAAGAGCCUGGAGCAGGAGAAAAGAGACCUGGAAGAUCCCGAGCGUCCCAGACAGAGGAAAAGGAGGAAACCUCGAGUCCUCUUUUCUCAAGCCCAAGUGUACGAACUGGAGAGAAGGUUCAAGCAGCAGAAAUACCUCUCAGCCCCCGAGAGGGACCACCUAGCGAACGUCCUAAAGCUCACCUCCACCCAGGUGAAAAUUUGGUUCCAGAACCGAAGGUACAAAUGCAAAAGGCAGAGACAGGACCAGACGCUGGAAAUGGUGGGGAUCCCUCCCCCGCGGCGGAUCGCCGUGCCGGUGCUGGUGCGCGAUGGGAAGCCCUGCCUGGGGGAAUCUUCCCCCUACAGCUCGCCCUACAAUGUCAGCAUUAACCCCUACAGCUACAACGCCUACCCCGCGUACACCAACUACAACAGCCCCGCCUGCAACGCCAACUACAACUGCAACUACCCCUCCAUGCAGCCCAUGCAGCCCUCGGCGCCCGCCAACAACUUCAUGAACUUCAGCGUGGGGGACUUGAAUUCGGUGCAGACGCCCAUCCCGCAGGGCAACGCGGGCAUCUCCACCUUGCACGGCAUCCGAGCCUGGUAG